AUGAUGUCUCUCACGCUGCCGCAAAUAUCACCGGUCAUGUGUUUGGCGGCACUUCGUCGGCAAGAAGCUACCGUGAAAACAACCGACCAAAAGCCAGCACAAAACUUAGGUUUCCGCGGAGGCAAGAAAAAGGAAUCGCCAUGGCAUUGUGUAGAAGGCUGUGGGGCAUGCUGUAAGCUUCAAAAAGGUCCUUCUUAUCCAUCCCCGGAAGAAAUCUUCACCAACACUUCAGAUGUUGAGCUCUACAAUAGUUUAAUAGGACCUGAUGGAUGGUGUAUUCAUUAUGAAAAGAGUACUAGAAAAUGUUCCAUUUACCCGGAUCGGCCAUAUUUCUGCCGCGCAGAGCCUAAGGUGUUUAAAUCAUUAUUCGGAGUUAAAGAGAAGAAUUUCAACAAAGAGGCUUGCAGUUUCUGCAGAGACUCCAUUAAGGCCGUUUAUGGUUUCAAUUCAAAGGAGCUUCAGAGUUUUGACAAAUCAAUCAAGAGUUCUUCUGGUUAG